AUGGCGUUAAUCAGUGCCUUUAUCUAUUGCAUUCAAAUAAGCAUGCAUCUCUGGCAGAAGAAUUGGCUGACACUAUUAAGCAGGCCAUAGCUACUGAGUCUUGUAAAAUACCUUUGUCUUUUCAGAAUCAAGUAGAAGGAGAUGAUUAUUCAAAAUUUAAAUUUAACCUUGCUGAGAAAUAUUCGUUUUUUUCUACAAUUAAUGGAAAUGAGCUGACUGUUGCCAGUACUGCUGGAGAUGUUAAUGAUGUCAUUAAUGAGCUCAUGGGUUUUAUUAACGAAGCAUGCUCUGUUUCUGAAACAAUCAAUUUUAGUAAAGGUGUGUGGCGUUUGUUUCAUACUGAAUUGAAAGUUGAAUGGUCUGAAGUAAAGAGAAGCCUGGAAACAAAAGGUAUUGAUAUAGUUUCUUCAAAGCCAGAUACAUCAAAACCAUAUGUUGUUAUCAGAGGAGAAACAAGAGCUGUUCAAGAAGCUAAGGAGGAUAUUCUGUCCCAUCAAGUAUCAGUUGAAUCAAAGAAAAUAAUUCUUUCACAAGCUGGUGUCUAUUCAUAUUUUCUCUCAAACAAUGCACUAAUAUUGAAAGGUAUUGAAAAUGCUGCAGGAGUAUGCAUUGAAGUAGAAGUGAAGGGAAUGUCUCCGAACGUUUUUAAAGAAGUUUUCACUGGUGUUACAAAAGAAAUGAUGUCUGUGUGCGUAGUUGUUGGUGACUUAACUGAGUUUAAUCAAGCUGAAGUGAUUGUCAACGCUGCAAAUGAAGAAUUAAAGCACAAAGGAGGCAUUGCUGCAGCAAUUGCAAGGAAAGGUGGCCCAAGCAUUCAACAGGAAUCGAAUGAUUACAUCAGAAAAAACAAAAAGGUAGCUACUGGAACAGCUGUGCAUUUCACUGCAACUGGUAACCUUCCUUCUUCAUUUAAAGCAAUUGUUCAUGCAGUUGGUCCAAGAUAUCAUGCUGAAGACAAGCAAAAUUCCUGUGCAACAUUAAAACAGGCAAUUUUUCAGAGUCUCGAGUUAGCGAAAAAUUAUGAGUCUGUAGCCUUCCCAGCUAUUGGAGGUGGUAAUUUUGGUUUUCCUAUUGCUGUUUGUGCUAAUAUUCAUUUUGAAGCUGUAGUUGAAUUUAGCAAAACAGAACAACCAACUAAACUGAGAAAAGUUUAUUUUGUCAUAAUUGAAGAAAAUGUCGAGGUUUUUCUGCAAGUAGCCAAGAAUUAUCUGUCAGAUAUUUUAUUGGAACAACCACCAACUUUUGAAAGCCUUAGGCCUUUAAGUGUACCUCAUCUGGCACCAAAUGCAUCUUCAGCAUCAAGUGUGCUACCAACUCUAACAACUAUUGCUGCACAGCAAUAUCCAAAAAGAAAAACUAAGAAACAUAAACCAUCUUAUAGUGUACCUGAAUUAGGGACUAGUCUUGAAUAUAUCAAAAUAUCACAAGGCAGCAUAAUUGACUACCCGGAAGAGGCUCUGGUCAAUACUACUGACGAGAAUCUAAAACUUGAAGGAUACGUUUCAAAAGUUUUAUUAAAAGAAGCAGGGCCUGACUUAAAAAAAGAAUGUGAUGCUUUAACGAAGCCUUUUAAGACUGGUAGUGUGGUUGCAACAAAAGCCUACAAAUUGAGGAACUCAAAACAUGUACUCCAUGUCAUCUUACCUAAUUAUGAUAGAAAAUCUGAAGGGGUAUUAAGAGAAGUUGUAAGAAAUUGUUUAGAUGAAUGCACUCGUCUAAAAGUCAAAUCAUUGUCAAUGCCAUCGAUUGGAGCUGGCAAUCUCAAAUACCCUCCUGAUAUUGUUGCUAGAGUUCUCAUUGAAGAAACAGUCUCCUUUUUUCAAAAAAAUAAUGGAAAGACCACACUGAAAUUAGUUCAUUUUGUUAUUUAUGAGCAAGAUAUUUUUGAAAAAUUUCAGAAAGUAUUAAGAUUAGGGCAACAGUCACCUAGAGCUACUAAUUUUGAUAGUAAAUCUAUGCAAUCACUCUUAAUUACUAAAGGGAGUGUAACUGAUUUUCAGGAAGAAGCUGUUGUAUUUACAAAUAAUCCUAAUCUGGAACUUAAAGGAGUUGUAGGACAAGUUUUAACAAAACAUGCUGGCCCAGAAUUGAAAAAAGAAUGUGAUGCUUUAAAAAAACCAAUAGAAUUUGGUAGUGUUAUUGCAACUAAAGGUCAUUCUCUUAAAGCAAAGUAUAUUCUUCAUGCAAUACUACAGUCACGUGGCACUUCAAGUGAAGAACCUGAAAAGGUUUUGAGAAAAAUUGCUGUGAAAUGUUUAGAUGAAUGCACUAGAUUGAAAGUUAAGAGUCUUUCAAUGACCUCUAUUGGUGCUGGUAAACUGGGGUACCCUAAUGAUAUUGUGGCUAAAGCACUACUAGAAGAAACGGCAAUAUACCUGAAGAAAAAUAAGGGAAACACAACAAUUGAAUUGGUUCGUUUUGUUAUUUACGAACAGACUGUGUAUGAUGAAUUCAACAAAGUGUAUCAACAACUCAAUGCAGUUGCAACAAAGAGAAAGGAAUUCUCACUUUCACAAAGUCACCCUCUGAAGUUAGAACUUUUAGAAGGAGAAAUUGGAAAUGAUAGCUCUGAUGUCACAGUCACAUAUGAUGCAGCUGCUUCUCUAGUAGAAAAAAAACCACUUAUGAAACUUAUACAAAAUUCAGGAGGUGUUGGAAGAAAGAUGACUCUUCCUGUUGCAUUUCAUCAGAGUACUCAUGAGCAGAAGAAAUUUAGUUUCGCUUGUUUAGAUAAGGCUGAAAAAGAUCAGUUUGAGUCAAUAGUCUUUCCAGCUCAAUUUCAAAGCCAUGCAAUAGUACCAAAAGCCAUUGUUGAUGCAUCACAGAAAUUUGUAGCUACUAAUCCAAUUCAUAUGAAAGUUAUUCGUGUCUUGUAUACAACAUUGUCACCUGAAAUUGUUCAGCAUUAUGAAGAAGCACUCAAGUCAUGGACAAACGGGCAAGAAUCUGGUUUUCUGAGCAAGGCAAAAGCUUUUCGCUCAGCUGUUGCAUCAGCUGUUGGUUAUAGUCAUGAAAGCAGAUCUUAUUUCAAAGAUACUCCUACUUUGGAAUUCGAAGUUGUGCUCGAUAUAUUUGGAAAAACAAAUGAAGCAAUAUUAAAAGCUGAGCAACAAAUUAGAGAAACAGUUAAAGAAAAUUUUAUUGACCUCAAAAUAGAAGACAAGCAUAUUGCAGCAUUGUCAGCCGAAGGACUUCAUGAAAUAUCAUCCAUUGCAGCUAGCUCUAACGUAAAGAUUGAUAUUGAUCAAGAGAGAGGAAUAAUAACUUUUCGUGGUUUUCAGGAUGUCCAUAAAGUUCGAAGCGACAUUCAAAAUAUUUUACAAAAAAUAAGUGAAGCAGAAGUUCAACAGACACUAGCUGAUACCCUUUAUCAGAGCAUUCGUUGGGUGCAAAUGCCAUCAUCAGGAAAUGAGGAGGAAUAUGAUGAAAUAUUAAACUAUGAAAUUGAGCAAGCUUAUCAGAGAGAAGAGAAAGAAUUUCUUUCAACAGAUCACAACUUUGUAAUUGAUUUUACUAAAAUGACGGACAGGGACUUGACAACAAAUGCAACUGCUCGGGUCAAACGUAUAAAAAUUGAUGUUCCUUUACCUGAGAUUUGGAGUCCAAUGCCUUUAGAUCAAGGGAAAGAAAAAUUUUUUCAUUUAGUGCAGUUGCCACCAACUAGCCCUGAAUAUAUUGGUGUAGAGAGAGCCUUUACCCAAACUAUGAAUCGUGGUCAACAAUACACUGAGAUUUUAAGCAUCGAGCGUAUUCAAAUUCCAGCAUUAUACAAGCAAUAUGCUUUGGCAAAGAAAGAAAUGGACAUGCGUAAUCCAGUUGGUCACAUUAAUGAGAGACAUCUAUGGCAUGGAACAAACCAUGAGACAAUAGAAAAAAUCAAUACUCAGGGUUUUAAUCGUAGCUUUGCUGGAAAACAUGCUACUGCAUUUGGAAAAGGAGUAUACUUUGCUACUAAUUCAGCCUAUUCACAUAAAUAUGCUGAUCCGGGUGUUAACAAGCAUCGCUAUAUGUUUUAUGUUCAAGUUUUGACUGGUGAGUAUACUCGUGGUGACACUAAUACGAUAGUACCACCAAUGAAACCAAAUCAGCAAAAUCCUGCAGUUCUAUACGACUCUACAGUCAACGACAUAAACAACCCAACCAUUUUCGUAGUCUAUAAAGAUACUCAGAAUUAUCCAGCAUACCUGGUCCAGUAUCGCUGACAAACUAUUGUGUGCAUAAGACAAUGUGUGAAUAGUAGUGUAUUUAAGCUUAUGUAGUGUAGAAUUUUCCUUAGAAUUAUUAGAGAUUUUAUUAAGUUGUAGUAUAAAGGUGAUUUUAGAUCUGUAUUUCGAUUAGUUAGAGUAACGUUUUUUUGAUAGCUGAAUUUUAGAUUUCUAUUUUGAUUAUGAUAAC